AUGUUCGGUUUUGGGCGGCGGCGGUGCCCAGGGAUGCACUUGAUCGAGCAGUCGCUGUGGAUCGUGAUGGCGAGCAUGGUGGCGACGUUGGAUAUCAGCAAGGCGCGCGACGCGGCGGGGUGCGAGGUGGAGCCCGAGGUGCAGUUCGACAAUCCGGUGUUCCGCACGCCACGGCCGUUCCGCUGUGACAUUCGCCCGCGCUCAGAGCAGGCGCUCCGCCUUGUGCGCCAGGCGGCGGACGCGGCUGCGUGA